AUGGUGAAUGCGUACUGGGAAGCGCUCCUGGAGCUGUGUUUGAAGGUGACCAACAUUCUCUACGACAUUGUGAAUCCGUUCUCGUACAAUCAACAUUUGGUCUCCACCUUCAGCCAUAGCGGGGUGGCGAUGGCGGUGAAUAUUCUCGGCGAGCGGCAUGAUGCGGAGGGGAAUGUCUUCCUGCUCGUCUCCUUCCGCGGCCGCGACGAGCCGGCGAAGUCGACCUUCGAGGCCUUCGAUUCCACCUAUGAGGAGACGCUUCAGUUUUCCCCCCCGAUAUGGGUGCCUUUGGACGAUAUUCGCCAUUUCGCGGAGAUCAAGCGCUAUUUGAAGCAAAUGGAGGAGAGCUUUCCGCACUAUUGCGCGGACUCCAACUCCUACGCGGACGCCGGCAUGAGUUUGAUGGAAAACAGCGAUUCCGGCGUCAAGGGCCUCGACGAGGAGGAGCGAAAUGCCCUCGAGCAGGAGCUCCGCCGCCUGCCUAAGCGCCACAACAGCGGGCCUUUUGAGAACGGCAGCGGCGCCUUUGCGAUGACCCCACAGCACCGAAAAGAACUGCCCCCGAUGUUGGACGAAACCCCCGAGAAGACCGACAAACGCGCCUGGCGCGGGUCGCCGGUGCAUACCUCGCCCUUCUUCUCCCCCAAACGCCAGGACGUGCGGCGGUUGUUGACGCCUCUCGACCUGGCGAGGGGGGGCGAAUUCCCCCCCGCCCCCGGGACCUUGUCGAACAGCCUGCUGGUCCGGAAGAUCGCGGCGGGGCUGCCGCUCAACGGCGCUAAUACUUUCCCCGCGCGCUUGGGCGAGCCGUGCGAAAAAAAACUGGGCGAUACCCAUCCCCAUCCCCAAACCUCCCACACGCAGUCUUUGGGCGCCCCUUCUCAGCGGUUGACGGCGGCGCCGCCUUGUCAGAGAAUCGGCGGCAGCCAGGCAUCUUUCUUUCCCAAACUUUCAAACGGCUUGGAUUCAAAUAAUAAUUCUAAUAAAGGGAUGAAUUGUCUACAACCUCCCCCUCGUGGGAUCGAGGAGCGCCUUGAACGGAAGAACUACCGCCUUAGCGAUAGCCAGCGCCUGCAGUACGAGAAGUUUCUUCAUCACUCGGCGCUAAGCGCACUGAAAAAUAAAGAAAAAAUAACCUUGGUGCUUGGAAUGGAGCAGGAAAUGAAAACCUCACAUUAG